UAUUCUUAGAAUCUGAUGUAACCUUCGCCAGCUCCAUCAUUGAAUUCAACCUCUCCCCCAUACUCGUAUCCAACAAUGGCUACACCAGCCUCCCCUCAAUCCAAACUUAACCUAAAAUCAUACCAAGAAUCAACCCCAACAAAAACCCACAUUUCUCACGCAGCAGCGGCUCGUUUCUUCCCGGAGCUUUUCACCAUUUCCGGUCAGUUAUGGCCGCUGUUCGCUUCCUCCUUUUGCUUUCUCUCCUUGCUUUUCUUACCGCCCUUUCUUUCUCUCUUUCUGAUGAUGAAAAAGCCCUCCUCAAGCUCAAGAAAUCUUUCACCCAUGCCAAUUUGGAUUCUUGGGUUUCCGAUUCUGAUCCUUGUCAGAAGAAAUGGCUUGGUGUUCAGUGUUCUGGUGGUUCCGUCGUUGCCCUCCAUUUGACAGGUUUACAGCUCUCCGGUCAAAUCGACGUUCAGGCUUUGCUUCAAAUUCGUGGGUUGAAAGCCGUCAGCUUUAUAAACAACUCCUUCACGGGUUCCAUCCCGGAAUUCAAUAACCUCACUACUUUAAGGGCUAUCUAUUUGUCUCAGAAUCAUUUCAGCGGUGAAAUCUCCAAUGAUUAUUUUUAUCCCAUGGAGAAUUUGAAGAAAGUUUGGUUAAACGAAAACAAAUUCAGUGGCAAAAUCCCCGAUUCGUUAAUGCAACUCCCCAGUCUCAUUGAACUCCAUUUAGAGUCCAAUCAAUUUUCCGGGAAAAUACCACGGUUGAAACAUCCAGAAGUGCUUAAUUCCCUUGAUCUAUCGGAUAACAAACUCCAAGGCGAAAUCCCAGCAAGUUUCUCCAAGUUCGAAGUAAGCGCAUUCCAAGGAAACGACGGUCUUUGUGGGAGAAUCUUGUCCAAAGAGUGCAACGAAACUGACAUAUCAGAUGACAAUGGCGAAUCCUCGGGUAGCAAAGUUGACCAAUCGGAUAAAAAAGGAGCCUCGUCGGUGGAUAAAAGCCAAGGAUCCGAUUCAAAUGUAGUCGUUAUUUCUAUCGCCAGCAUUGCUGCUGUGUUGUUGUUGGUGAUUGUCGCCUUCGUUAUGGCAAAGCGGCGUAGGAGGGAAGACGAUUUCAGUAUCUUAAGCAAAGAACCGUUAAAAGAGGAGGUUCUUCAGGUCAAGGUGUCGCAAGCUCAAUCGACGACCACCACCACGAAGCGGAAGACGUCGGAAACGAGCCGUCGGAGUACUUCCUCGAAGAAAGGGUCGUCGCAUGGGAGCAAGGGUGGGGGGGCUGACUUGGUUAUGGUGAACGACGAGAAGGGUGCAUUCGGGAUGCAGGAUUUGAUGAAGGCGGCGGCGGAGGUGCUCGGGAACGGCGGGUUGGGGUCGGCGUAUAAGGCGGUGAUGGGGAAUGGGUUGGCGGUGGUGGUGAAGAGGAUGAAGGAGUUGAAUCGGCUGGGAAAAGAAGCGUUCGACGCUGAAAUGAAACGGAUAGGGAAAUUAAGGCACCCCAAUAUAUUGACGCCAUUGGCGUACCAUUCUAAAAAAGAGGAGAAGCUAGUUGUUUCUGAAUAUAUGCCCAAGGGAAGCCUCUCAUACGUCUUGCAUGGUGAUCGAGGAAACAUUCAUGCUAAUCUAAAUUGGCCAACACGUUUGAAGGUCAUCAAAGGAAUCGCCGAUGGUUUGGGUUUCAUUCAUGCUGAAUUUGCAACGUACGAGAUUCCCCAUGGAAACCUUAAAUCCAGUAAUGUUCUCUUAAAUGACGAUUAUAUACCGUUGCUGAGCGAUUUCGCGUUUCAGCCAUUGACAAGCCCCGACUCUCUUCCCCAAAGGUUGUUUGCAUACAAAUCCCCAGAAUAUCUUCAAACUCAACAAAUCUCUCCAAAAUCCGACGUUUAUUGUCUGGGAGUCCUCAUCCUGGAAAUCAUUACAGGCAAAUUCCCAUCUCAAUAUCUAAACAACGGCAAAGGUGGGAUCGAUAUCGUUCAUUGGGUUCAAACAGCGAUACUUGAGGACCAAGCAGAGGAUUUGAUCGAUCCCGAGAUAUCGCAAGGUUCAAGUUCAAUCGAUCAGAUGGUUCAACUUCUCCGUAUCGGAGCUGCUUGUACCGCAAGCAAUCCCGAUCAACGGUUGCCACUGAAAGAAGCCAUUGGCAAGAUACAUGAGGUAAAUCCUUAA